AAAUAAAUAUCGAAAGAGAGAUAAAGAAUUAUCCUAAUAAUCAAAAUUCGAAUCCCAAACAGCAAGCGUACGUACGACUAAGGAAAAAAAAAUCAAGAAAAAAACAAAAAAAAACGUCCUAAAAAAUAUAUACAUUUAUAUAAAGACACAUGUAAAGACAAAACUAAUAAACGAACUAUAUAACGAAGUGCGCAUGGACUUUUGAAAAUCACGAAGGAAGAAGGAGAUAAUCUGAACCUUUGACAUUUGCAUCGCCAUUAAGGGAGGCGGACGCGGUAGUAGCGCACUGGCCAAGAUGAACGUAAGGGCGAAGUGCUCGUUACUUCUCAUUGGACUCUGGCUCUUAUGUGGAGUGAGGGCCGGCUCGCUACGUCGAACGAUGGCCGAUAUACAAGACGCGCUGCUCUCGCCCAGCAGCCAGCGGUAUUCCGUCUACGUCCUCCCGCCGGCGACCCACGCGGACAGCCUCCGGAAGCGCCAGGCGGACUACGAGGCCGACGACGCGAGGGAGGCCUUCCAGGGUCGUCCUGAGGGAAGGCGCGACGCCCCCGGGCCUGGCACACCUCCCUUCGGGUUCCUGGAAGUGUCCCAAGGGCCUGGCCAGUUCGGAGGCGCCGUUCGAGAGGGGGCGCCCUUCUUCAUCACGGAUUUCGACCCCGAGCUGCAGCCGGGCUGGGGACACGAGGAGGAGCUCGAGGACAAGAUGGAUUCCUACGCCGUCGACCCUACGCCGGGUUCCUCCUCGCUGACCAUCAGCGGCGACGGGCUGAAGGAUGAAGCCCAGGACUCGCCCAAGCAUUCGGACGCCGACAAGGAUGCCAAAGUCCUAAAGAAACUUCUCGAUAAGCCGAAGAAGUUGAUGAAGGUCAUAAAGGCAAAGGGAAAUGGGAAUUACGUGCCCGAGGAAGUGCCCGGGGUGAUGCUACCCACAGAGGACGGCGAGGAGGCUUUCGUGCCCGAAAACCUACUCGAGGACACGGAGCUCCUGUUGACUGCAGGGUCCGCCCAGCAGCCGACUUACGUCUCGCCGGAAUCGCCCGCGACGCCCGCCCCGAUGGGAGGAAUGCCCUACGAUUUCGGCUGGGUUGUCGACGACGAAGCCACAGCCAACUUCCAAACGAGGCAGGAAAAGGGAGACAAAAAUGGCGUCGUGACUGGAUGUUACCAGGUCUUGGAUCCCAACGGACUCGUGAGAACCGUGACCUACAGAGCCGACAAAGGAGGAUUUCGAGUCCUCUCCAUGACCCGCGGACCCGACAAGACACCUUGCCCUGGUCUUGAAGAGGGCAACCGCAUUCAGAUACCCACCUCUUCCAACCCACGCCCACGCCCCUCAUUUCCUGCCAACAGCGGAGGCUUCUCGAACAACUUUGCCAACAAUUUCAGUAAAUCUACUUCCUCUUCGUCAAGCUUCCAGUCCUCUUCCUCGAGCAAUUAUUCCAGUAGUUCUCAGGAGAGUUCGAGUUUCAACGGAUUCAAUGCGAACAACUUCAAUGUAAACAACGUGUACGAGCAGCCUCCUGCUUCGACCUAUGCCCCUCCCACAUCCCGUCCCACCUAUGCCCCCCCUCCUCCUCCUCCCUCCCCAACUGCUGCGCCCCCGGACUACUACAACCUGCAGGGAUCGGCCCAGCAGGCGUGGAUGGCGGAGUACCUGCAAAACAUCACCCAGCAGCUGUAUAGCUCCUUCACGAACUCCUCCACCCAGACGAACAGCAUCUACGGCGCUGGCGGCAACAGCGGCUUCGUCAACUUCCCCUUCGUGCUGAUCCCCAUCGCCACCUUCCUGGAUCUCAAGAAGUCGGGCGCCAUCUCGGGAGACGUGCAGAGCUAUGGCGCCUUCGUUCAGCCCUCCACCGGCCAGCUGCAACUGUCUCAGUACCUGCAGCAGCUGGAACAACAGCGCCAGCAGCAGCAACAGCAGGAACAACAGCAACGUGCAUAUAACAAAACAGUUCAGCAUACAACCACAAACACCUACAACACAACGCAGACCAACACGAAGCAACUAAAGCACCAGGUCCAAGGCGUCGAUACCGUUAAUUACCAGAUCAGCGGAGAGCGAGGACGACCAGGCAGCCAGAGAAUACAGCAGCAGGUCCAGAGGCAGCAGCAUUCCUCCCAGUCAGAAAACAAGAAUCAUAGCGCCAGCAGCAGCAGCUCUAGCUCUUUCCAGAGCAGCCUCGGCGCCAACCAGGGAUACUUACCUCCAACCAACCAACACCCAGUCCAGGGGCAGUACCAGCAGCGCCAGCAGUCCUCUCAGCAAUCCUCUCAGUCCUCAAAGUCGAGCAGCAGUUCCGAAAAGAGCAGCGCCAGCUCCUUCCACAGCAACCUCGGAGGCGCCCAACGUCAGUACCAGAACUAUCAGCAGCAGUCUGCUCAGUCAGCAAAAGCUCACGAUAGCUCCAGCAGCAGCAGCUCCAGUUCUUUCCAGAGUAACUUCGGAGGAGGCCAGGGGUAUUCUCCCAGCCAGCAGGCCGUGCAACAUCGUGCCCAGCAGUCCUCUCAGAGCUCGAAGAAGAGCAGCAGCAGCAGCUCCAGCUCAUCCUUCCAGAGCAACUUCGGGAGCCUCCAGGGUUACCUUCCUCCCUCAAACCCAGCAAACCCCAGCACAAGCUACGGCCUCCCUGUCGCUCCCGGCCCCUCCACCGCGAGGCCCUACCAGCCACGCCCAACCACACCAGUUCCCUCAACAGCUAGACCAUACCAGCCGAGGCCAACGACCCCAAGACCUACUACAGCCAGGCCCUACAGACCUGCACCUACAACCCCUAGACCCUAUCAGCCUGCACCUACAACCCCUAGACCUUAUCAGCCUGCACCUACAACAAGGCCCUACCAACCAACACCUACGACCCCCAGGCCCUAUCAGCCCACAACCCCAAGACCCAUCCCCUCCUCGCCACGUCCAAGUCAGAGCUAUAACCUUCCGUCCUUCGGCAGCGGAGCCUCAGCUUCUUAUUCAUCCCAGAAAUCCCAGUCUUCACAACAGUCCCAGGCCUCCCAGGCUUCUCAGUCCUCUUCCAGCAGUUCUAAUUACGGAAACGGCCAGGCCUCGCAGAGUUUCCAGUCCCAGUCAUCCUCUAGCAAGAAAUCGGAUUCAUCCAAAAAAUCUCAGUCUAGCUCCAACUUUUCUUACAGUUCCGGAAAUAACAGAGGGGCAGCACAGCAGUCCUCUCUCUCUUCUGCGUCUUCUUCCUCAUCUUCCUCUGAGUCUUCUUCUUCUUCCUUUAAGCAAAACAGUUUCAGUGGAUUUAAUGGCGCAGGUGCUGCCGGUGGGAGUGGCCUAAGCUUCCCAGGCUUCGUCUCCUCUCCCUCUCCUCCCAACUACGUCCCUCCUUCAGUCCCUGUUACCGUCGGGCCCCAGUACGGCACUCCUUCCCCUGACGUGCCAGACUACGAUGAGCCAGAACCCUCCUACAUUGAUGGCGUGGACUCCAGCGACUCUGGAUUCUCGGUUCCCGCAGCGGAACCCCAGUUCGACAUGGACGGUUGGAUCCCCAUAGCGAAUGACUACAGCCCGCCCUCUGACCCCCAGUCCUUUGGCCCGCCGACACCCGAACCUUCCCCCAACCUCGCCUUCCCAGGGGUCGCUCGAGGUGGCACCAAGAACUUCAGUUACUCGUCCAGCCAGAGUUCCAGCUCCGAGAACAAGAGCAGUUCCCAGCAGAGCCAGCAGUUCAGCUCCAGCUUCAGUGGGGUGGGUCCUCAGCAAGGGUUCACGCAGCAGCAGAAUCAGCAGCUUCCGGACUGGGUUGCGCAACAGUACGGCGGAUAAGAUCCUCACAAUGUUCAUGUUGUAAAGAUGUGUAAGAAUUAGCGAAAAGCCUAAGCUACGACAGGUAGUAUUCGUUUCCCAUGGUUCGUUUUGCAGCUUUUUUCACUCCUCGUUACAGUAAAAGACAUGACCAAAACAGAUAACCCACGAAGGACGCUCAUCACAUGUUUUGCAGUUUCAAGAAUUUCUUCGCAUGGUAUCAAUUCGAUGUUCGUAUCAUACAUUUAGCUGUUAAAAUGCAGUGUCAUCGUUCAAAUAAUAAGAUAAAAAAAAAAAAUUAAUCCAAACACACGCUUGCUCCAAAAAGACAUUUUAUUCACACCGCUCAAAACUCGUUGCUUUUUUCCCCGCUUCAGAAACUGCAAAUCAUAACCCUGAUCAUAAACAUACACUUUUUAUCACACAUUUAUUCGUGUUUUCAAUAGCUUGUAUCUAAAUUUCCGUUUUUUCUUUCGUUUCUUUUUUUUUUAAUCAUUGUAUAGCAAUUCUUAUAGAACACACUGUCGGCUUUAUGUCCUAGUCAACCUUUUUUUUUCUCUUGUAUAAAAAUAAAAUGAAAUAAAAUUAUCUUGAUAUAUAUUGAUGAUGGAAUGUAUAAAGAAAAUUGUUUAUUUAUGAUUUGUACAAACUUACCAAAUAGAUAUUUUUGUGUAAAUCAUUGGAAAGCCAGAGUAAAUAUAUAUAUUUUUGCUUUACUCUUCAGUAUUACUAGUUUGUAUGUCCAUUUUCUUUAUUAUUAUCUAUGU